CUGAGGACCAGGAGGCCUGGGGGUCGGCGAAAAAACAUCGGCGUUUCUGAAAGGGAGACCCGGGUCCGCCAGGGGCUGGGCUGAAGCUGGCCCACAUGAGGGCGGGGCCUCGAGCCCGGGGGCGGGGCCUCGAUCUCGGGGGUCCGCUCUCGCUGUCUCGCCCACUAGCCUUCCCCCGCAUCCCCGUUCUUUUCGGUUAUUUUCUGCUACGGCCGUUCCCCGCCCUGUCCUGGGCCCGGGGGGCCGCGUCCUGAACUUUGGUCAGCUGGAGGAGUCGCCUCCGACCUCCGCCAGAAAUGGGGAACGUGCAGUCGGAGCCAUCCGCGGGCGGUGGCUCCCGAAAAGAGCAGGCCUCGGAGCGCUCCUCGGACUCUCGCCGGACGUCCCUGGUGGAGCCCGAGGUGACCCCUGCCUCCCCGGCCAUGCGCCUGGCUCGCGGGCUGGGCGUCUGGUUCCCAGGCAGCUCCGCGCCCCCGGGACUCCUGGUGCCCCCGGAGCCCCAGGCCUCACCCUCACCCCUGCCCCUGACCUUAGAACUGCCCACGCCAGCGACGUCCCCCCCAGAGGAGGUGGCUGCGGCUGGGGUCUCCACACCACCCCCACCGCCCGUGGGGAACCUGCUGCCCGCGCCAUCUAAGUGGCGAAAACCCACGGGCACGCCGGUGCCCCGCAUCCGUGGCCUGCUAGAGGCGAGCCAUCGUGGUCAGGGUGACCCUCUGAGCCUCCGCCCGCUCCCACCGCUGCCACGACAACUAACUGAAAAGGACCCAGUCCCGAGGGCACCAUCCCCAAUUCCACCACCCCUGAAGCCGCGGAAGCCACCUCCGCCACCGCCGCCUUCCAACCGGCAGCCCCAGGACCGCAGGAUCACUCCUGCUCUGGCCACUCCCGCCACACCGGCCACACCCACCACACCUGCCACACCCCCCAUGGAAAGCCAGGCCCGGCACUGCAGCGACGGCCCAGCGGCCAGUGGGGCCCGCGGAGGGGCCCCUCCACGAGCGGGGGACGGCGAAAAGGCCAGGCCUGUGGCUUCCGAGCCUGGUCUGAGUUUGCUCUGCAAAGUCACCUUCAAGUCCGGGCCCCCCUUGCCUGCUGCAGCCUCGGGCUCCUUGGCGGCCAAAGCCCCACUCAGUGGCGGGGGAAGUGGCGGGCUCUUCGCCGCUUCCGGCGCGAUCUCUUACGCCGAGGUCCUAAAGCAGAGGCCCCUGGCUCCUGGCGCCUCUCGUCCCUUGGGAGAUGUUCCUCGGGGUGCGCAGGAAGCCGAGGGCGGCAAUGGAGACGGCGAAGCAUGUUCGAGUCCCCGCUCGGGGUCGGCCUCCCACGCUCGAACCCUGCCGCCGCCACCCUACACCACCUUCCCAGGCUCGCAGCCAAAAUUCGACUGGAUGAGCCCCCCUGACAGCCCUGAACGCCACUUCCGCUUCAACGGGGCCGCUGGAGCCGUCGGGGCGGCCCGGCGGCGCGCGGCGGCACUCUCGGGGCCCUGGGGCUCGCCGCCGCCUCCGCCGCCAGGGCAGACAUACCCAGCUCCCGGGCCCCGGAGGCCCGCACCGGCCCUGCUGGCGCCGCCUAUGUUCAUCUUCCCAGCACCCACCAAUGGCGAGCCCGUUCGCCUAGGGCCUCCCAGCCAGCAGGAGUUGUUGCUGCCGGCACCGCCACCACCACCGCCGCCGCCACCGCCCACGCCACCUGCCACGCCGUCGCCCGCGCCGCUGGCCCCACCGCAGCCGCCAGCGCGCCAGCCAACGCCACUGCUGCUGGUGCUCCCCCCCUCCCCAGGUCCUGGCCACGUGGAGUCAGCCCCGGCUCCUGCCCCCGCCCCUGCUCUGCCUCCGGUCUCGGCCACCGACCAGAUCCCGGCCUCAGCCUCAGCCUCAGCCUCGGCUCUGGCCCCGGCCCCCGUCCCGGUCCCGGUCCCGGCCCCGGCCCCGGCCCCUGCCCCUGCCCCGGCCCCCGCCCCGGCCCCCGCCCCGGCCCCGGCCCCGGCCCCGGCCCCGGCCCCGGCCCCGGUCCCGGUCCCGGUCCCGGUCCCAGCCCCGGCCCCUGCUCCAGACCCAGCUCCAGCUGCAGCCCCGGCUCCGGCUCCGGCUCUGGCCCCGGCCCCGGCCCCAGCUCCUGCUCCCAGCGUGGCCGAGCUGUCGCCGCCAGCGCCCCCGCCCCCGCCCCCCAAAGCUCGCACGCGCAGGAACAAGGGUCCUCGUGCAGCCCGAGUGACCCGAGAGGACGGCGCGCCUGGCGAUGGGCCUCGUGAGCGGAACACAGCUGCGGUGACCAACAGCGGCGGUGCCGGGGCUCCUUCCACAGGGGCCGCUAACAAGGGCGCUGCGCGCCACUGGCCGCCUUUCCAGGUGCUGAGCUCUUGUCCCUGCAAGUGUUACUGCCGCCACCAGGCACGCCAUCGCCGCCUGCCACGCAACGUGUCUGCCUGGUUGAGCACACCCACCAACCACCUGAGCGAGCCGCCCUGGGUCGCCACCAUCAAGCUGGCAGGCUCCCUGGUGGCGGGGCUGGAGCACUACGACUUGCAGGCCACCCACUCUAACUGAGUGCAGCCCGCUCUGCACCUCCUGCCUUCCUCCGUCCAAUAAAGUCACACGCUGGAGGCCA